AUGGCUUCACAGAGACUGCCAUUACACCUCUGCAAUUCAAUUAAACAGUUUUUACAAAAAAUAAAAGCGAAAACAAACUUUAGCAGUUUAAAGUUAGAGUUGAAAUUAGAUUGGCAAGGGAGGAUAAUAUUAGUGUUAUUGAUAGUGCUACUGUUCAGUGUGACGUCGAGUGGUAAUAGUUUUGGUAGGAAUUCUAUGCUGAGGACAAGAAUAAUUGGGACCCGGUACGGUAAAUUGCAGGGUGUGAUAUUACCUAUGGAUCAGCAUAAGUACUUGAAGCCAGUAGAGGCUUAUUUGGGAGUACCAUACGCAACACCACCAACAGGAUCAAAUAGAUUCGCUCCAACCCGCGCCCCAGCGCCUUGGGACGAUGUGAAAACCGUUGACCAAAUGGGUCCAGUGUGUCCCCAACGGUUGCCAGACAUUGAUAACGAGACACUUGCCUUAGAACGAAUGCCUAAGGGCAGGCUCGAGUACUUGAGAAGGUUACUACCGCGACUGAAGAAUCAGAGUGAAGAUUGUCUGUAUAUGAAUAUUUAUACGCCGGUUCAAGGUUAG